ACUCACACAGAGCCUGGAGCGUGUGAUGAUGAGUGCGCGGGAACCCCUGGAGUGGCACUUCAAACAGCUGGACCACGACAUGGGCCUCAGCUUCCAGACCAACUUUAACUUUGCCCUGGUUGGACACUUGUUGAAAGGCAGCCCUAGUCUCGGUGUCGGAAGAAGUUCGCAGCCGCUGCCACCUGAAGCACCGCACGCCCAACUACCUGAGCGACUCCCCGUCCAGCGAGAGUGUCAGCUCAGACAUGGCCAGUCAGGGACAGUCGCCCUCCCCGUCGCUGCCCACCUCCGCCUCCACCUCGGGCGUGUCCACGCCCAUCACACACCCCAACCCGCCACAGG